GCAGAAUCAGUAUUCACAUUCAUAUUCAAGUGUAGACAGUGUUGUACGGGAAACCAAAUUGUAGUUUUACACAAAUUAAAACUAUGGACGGAAAAAAACGUGGAAAGUCACUUUGUAAAACAACUAACAAGUUCCAGAAAGAAGCGCGCAUUACAAACAAUGGCUUCCUUAACUUAUCGACCGAAUUCAAAAAGCCAUUCUACAGGAUUUCCAAACCGGACAUGAUACGCUUCGGAGCAAGAGAAUGGAACUAUAUGACCCUCCAAGAAAAGGAUCUCUUUAAAAAUAUGAAAGAACCUGUGACUGUUAUAAAAAGUACACCUCAGGAGUUGGAGAGUCAGUCCCAUUGGGAAAACCCCGGUAAAUCUGAGCGGGAGAAAAGCAGUCCAGUUCGCUCUCCCUAUGCCCGUGAGAGGGACUCCAGGAACCAGAAGGAAAGAAAGAAGUCCCAGUCCAUCAAGCGCAGGGUCAAGAAGAAAGCCAGUCCUGUGCUGAAGAAUCGCGACAAAAGUCCUUUGGGCUCAGCGGUGGCCUAUAUUCAUUUUAUGCGCAAGUUUCAAGAACAAAAUUCUCAUUUGCCGGCCCCUCAUCUUUUAAUCAAGGCAGCUCGCGUUUGGUGCCUUCUGACUGAAAGUCAGCGCAAACUAUUUGAUCUAAAUUUAAAGGUUUAUAAGAGAAGUAAUGGCUUCAAUUUUGUAAAGAUUGUGUGAACUGGACCGAAAACACUUUGUAAAUAAAAGGGACUGUGUUUUUAAAACUGUUUUUAA